GAGCGAUCGUUCCGAGGUAAGGGAAGGCCAGAGCUCGACGGGUGCUCCUAUUGUCCUCUGGGGAGGAGCAAGGCUGCUCGACGGUGUCUCUCGGCGACGGCCACCGCGGCCGGCCAUGUUCAACGCCCUAGCACGCCGGCGAGGUGCUUCCGGCCGGCGGCGACGCGAGCCACAGAGAUGGCGUCCGGCGCAGCGCCUGGGCUACCUCCUGCACGUCUUCCGCCACGGCAAACACUAUGCCGACCUGAAUAAGAAGACUAGGUCAUCAAAUACUAUAGACGAGUAUCCAGUAGUAGAUGAACUACCAAAUAAUUCAAAGUCCACAACAUCUUUCUUUUGGAUUGGAGCGUGGUGCGUAAACCAUCAGCCAAGGACAGGCUUACCAAUGGCAAGACCGAUUGCCUCCAAGACCAGGAGUAUGUCCUUACUUAUGAAGACAAGGACGACGACUGGAUGCUUGUUGGUCACCUUCGGUGGGAAGCAUGCUGAAGCAAGGUGAUUCCAGAGGAGGCGCAGGAGCCGCAGGCCGUGAACCUUGUGCUGGCUGGUCUCGACGGCGUGCUCGACG